ACGUGGGCGGAGCUUGUGUUUAUUAGCGCAAAAUUACAAAACACUCUCUAAGAGCAGAGCGGCAGCAACAAGACUGUUUAUGAAGAAAGUAUGAUUUGUGCAUGAAGAUGAGGAGCGAAUGCUGAACGUGUAAUUUGACAAGACGUAAGAAUGCCUGCCCUGCCACAAAACAAUCUCCAGAAACAACUGGAGCUGUAUUCGGCCAAAAAUGUGCAGAACAAACUGUCAUUAUCAAAGUCUAAGCCGGGGAGUUUCACUUUUAAAAAGACCAGCAGCUUAGUUAACUCUGACGUUGCCCUGCCCUCCAAGGUAACUAGCAAUGUUUUAUCAAACAGGACUGUCAAUAUUUUUCAGAACUGUAAUAUAGCUAAACCUUUGGCCUGUUUAACUAAGCCUAAAGGACAAGAAACAAAAAAAAACAGUUUUUUUGAAUUGGAAAGAAAUUCAUACCGACAGACUUCUACUCCUGUGUUACAAAUACAAGCUGCAAACAGGGCAAAGCACACAUCUCCAACUACAAAAGCUGUGCCUGCAAUAUGCAAAUCAAGCAUAGAGCACAAACGUGUAGACGCUCAGAGGAAAAAGGAAUUUGAUCAUUCCAUUGAUAAAAGUGCUGAUGACUGGGAUGAUUUUGAAGAUUUCACUACAUCGUUCAAGGAAAAGAGUAUUUCACCAAACUGCACACAUGAUUCCGGAUCAAAAUGCAGAACACCAAAUAAGGAAGUGGAGAAAAAUGGAGCAGUAAAUAAAGAGAGCAAUGGAAGUAAAUGGUGUGGCAAAGAAGAGUUCAUGAGAAAUGCUAAGUCUGAAAGUGAUAUUGGAUCUUUAGACAGUUCCUUGCCUGCUUUCAGUUCAAGUGCUUUAAAUGUUGAUGCACGAUCAAUAAAAACAGACCUAGAGAAGACUGAAUCACUACUACAUAUUAAGAAAAUUCAGUCUAAUCCAGAUGCACAUGUUGUUAUCAUCAGUGAAGACGAGAGCAAUGAACCUACAUGUAUCAAUGACAAAGAAGAUCCGUGCAAGCCAUGGAGUCCACUGGUUAUGUCAUAUUGUGCAAGUGAAGAAAACCAAGGUGGGGAGAAGGUAGAUGAGGAGGAUGAAGAUGUUGAUUUUAUUCCACCUUCUCCACAGUAUGAAACUGUCUCUACACCAUCAUUUUUGAGGAAGCCAAGUAGCACUGGGAGUCCUAUUUCUGGAGAGAAGAGCCAUGUGUUAACAAAUGAUUCAACCACCCUAGUAUCACCCAGGCUAAAAGUUGAUGACAUGGAAUUUGCACAAAAAAAAGAUGAACUGUUCAGAACAAUGGAAGACAUUUGCAGAUUGAUGGACUCAGUCCCAUUGCAUGAGUUGAGAAUGCUCUGCUGUGCUGACCAGCUUCUCAUUCUUAGAGAUCGUAGGCGAAGAAUUGUUUCUGAAUUGCCAGAUAUACAGUUAAACAUGAUGUCCAGGGAUACUGUUUCACCAGUAUGCAAGCUGGCUGGUACAAACCCUGGUACCAAAUCUGGGAAUAUAUCAUUUUCCUCACAUACUGCCCAGGGUAUAUCAACAAUCAAAACAGAUCAGCCUUCAACAAAAAUGUUUUCUUUCAAGAAGCCAUCUCCAUCUGCUGCACAUGGAGGCAGUUUUGUCAGUGAUCCUGAUCUGUGUGAAGCAAAAAAUAAUAAAAAUCUGCUUAAGACUUCAGAUAUUUCAUCGGUGCCAUAUGGCGUUUCACUUGCAGAAUUCACUGUAAAAAAUCAUGAACAGAAGAGCAUUCAUCCAGCUAGUAAACAGUGCAAAGCAUUUUCUUCUAAUGUAUCCAUUAUCAGUAAUAAGUCAUGCCUUGAAAUGGAAGAGCAGGAUUGCUGGUAUUCUCCUAAAACACAGGCAGAGAAAUACAGUUCCAGUUUGCAGAGUGAAUUAAAUAUCAGUAUAUACGAUACUGAAGAUGCAGAAUUUGCCAGUUUUAAUAAUGAGCAUGAUUUGUAUUUUGACAUUGAUGAUAUAAAUGAGGAAGACAGUGGAGAAAACUGUGACAACAUAAUAAAUGCUACCACUAGCACAACUGGUUCGGAUUCAGUCUUUAAGCCAAUGAAUGAAGCGAUGCACAGUAGUUCAUCCCUAAACAAAACCUCUGUUAAAACAAUAGCUGACUGGUCACCUGAACUGUCACAACUUUCCUCUGCCACCAAAUCAGUUGCUCCACCUAUGACCAAGAAGCUUUCUCCAGUGGCAGUAUCAAAAAAUCCUGUCCAUGAAAAAUUUAGAGGUUUUAAUUUUCCCCACUCUAAGGAAUUGAUGAAGAUUUUCCAUAAGCGCUUUGGCCUGCAUCAGUUCCGGACUAACCAACUUGAAGCUGUCAAUGCCACACUCCUAAAUGAGGAUACUUUUGUAUUAAUGCCCACUGGUGGAGGCAAAAGUCUUUGCUACCAGCUUCCUGCCUGUGUGUCACCUGGUGUCACUGUUGUAAUCUCACCACUCAGGUCUUUGAUUGUAGACCAAGUGCAGAAGUUGACCACACUGGAUAUACCAGCUAUAAGUUUAACUGGUGAUAAAAGUGAUACAGAAUCUGCACGUAUAUAUAUGCAGCUAUCUAAGAAGGAACCAAUUAUCAAAUUGCUAUACUGCACACCAGAGAAGGUGUGUGCUAGCAACAAGCUUAUAAGCACACUUCAGAAUCUGUAUGAUCGAAAUCUUCUCGCUCGAAUUGUCAUAGAUGAAGCUCAUUGUGUCAGUCAGUGGGGCCAUGAUUUCCGUCCAGAUUUUAAAAGACUCAAGGAACUGAGAGAGAAGUUUCCUAGAGUCCCAAUAAUGGCCCUCACAGCAACAGCCAACCCAAGGGUUCAGAAGGAUAUCCUUUGUCAACUAAAGAUGUCAAAGCCUCUUGUGUUUACUAUGAGCUUUAACAGACACAAUCUGAAAUAUACAGUACUACCAAAAAAACCAAAGAAAGUUGCAGAGGAGUGCAUCGAAUGGAUCAAAAAGUAUUACCCACGAGACUCUGGAAUCAUAUAUUGUUUGUCUCGAAAUGACUGUGACAGUUUGGCUGAAAGUUUACAGAGACAAGGUAUUGCAGCCUUAUCUUAUCAUGCUGGCCUUGGUGACAGCGAUCGGGAUUAUGUGCAACAGAAGUGGAUCAACCAGGAUGGAUGUCAGGUUAUGUGUGCCACUAUAGCAUUUGGAAUGGGAAUUGAUAAACCAGAUGUGAGAUAUGUGAUUCAUUCAAGCCUUCCAAAAUCUAUAGAAGGAUAUUACCAGGAAUCUGGCAGAGCUGGAAGAGAUGGGGAGAUAUCACACUGUGUCCUGUUUUAUUCUUAUCAUGAUGUCCUCCGACUUAGGCGGCUUAUACAAAUGGAAAAGGAUGGAAACAAGGAUACAAAGCAGACCCACUACAACAACCUUUACAGCAUGGUGCAUUUCUGUGAGAAUUUAGUGGAGUGCCGUAGGUCUCAGCUUCUGGCUUAUUUUGGUGAAAAUGACUUCAAUCCGAGUUUCUGCAGAGAGCAUCCUGAAGUUAUCUGUGACAACUGCAGCAGAUCAAAACAAUACAAAACCAGGAAUGUAACCGAGGAAGUUAAGCAAAUAGUCAGAUUUGUUCAGGAAAACUGUCGGAGAGGUGGAGGAAAAAGCUUCAGAGCACAGCCGGGUAGCAAGCUAACUCUGAAAAUGUUGGUGGAUAUUUUCUUGGGUACUAAAACAGCUCGAAUUCAGAAUGGCCUGUUUGGCAAAGGAGCUGCAUAUUCUAGACAUAAUGCUGAAAGACUGUUGCGCAAGUUGGUAUUAGAUAAAAUUCUUCAGGAGGACCUGUACUUCACAGUCAAUGACCAGGCUGUGGCUUAUGUGACUUCAGGAGAGAAAGCAAUGGCUGUACUAAAUGGGUUUUCACAGGUAGAAUUUUAUGACACUGAAAGUGUGAGCAGCAUUAGAAAGCAGAAGGCAUCUGUCACUAAAGAGGUUUCCGGAAGGGAAGAAAUGGUCCAGAAAUGCCUUCAAGAGCUCACUGAUCUUUGCAAGAAACUGGGAAAAGUAUUUGGUGUUCAUUACUACAACAUCUUCUCCACUGCAACUAUCAAAAAGAUUGCUGAAACCCUAUCUUCCGAUCCAGAAGUUCUUCUUCAGAUAGAUGGUGUAACUGAAGAUAAGUUGGAAAAGUAUGGAGCUGAGCUUAUUGAUGUCUUGCAGAAGUAUUCUGAAUGGCAACUGCCAGCAGAGGAUCAAUCAACAACACCAGAUGCUUCUAGCACCUGGAUUGAUACCAAUAGAGAAUAUACCAUGACUGACGAUGGAUGUGCAUCAAGUUACUUUAACAAAAAAAAUGAGUACAGAGGAAAACGAAAGGCAGCACCCUAUUUCAGAAAGUCUAAAAAGAGAAAAGGAGGCAGCAGCCAACAGAGUGCAUCAAACAGUGGUUACAGCAGCAGUUACUCAAAGACAUCAUACAGCAAUUCAAAGGCAGGAUUUAAAGCAAGAUCACGUUCCUCACAGGGCUUCAGCUUUUCUUCAGGGGUGUCAGCCACCAAAAAGCCUGGCUUCAUGGCUCCACCCAAACCACAGAAGAACCAGAGAGCAUUUCUAACUCCAUCCUAUUCAUUUGUUUAAACAGCAGAACUAUACAAUAAUAUGUAGAUUCUUAUCCACUGUGCAAUAUCAGAUAAACAUUAAUAAAUAUUAAUGAUAAAUCAUUAAUAUAAAUUUUAUUGUAAAUGUCAUGUAAAGUUGGACUGUAAAUUAGUUGAUUUGAUGUGUAAAUAUUUUUUGUCUUGUGUGCAAACAAAUAUAUGCACCAAUACCAAGUACUUCUGUUUCAGUCAUAUCUUGUUUGUGUGUGUGUGUGUUUUUUUUGUUUUGUUUUUUGAUAAUUGCAAAACUUUUUUUUCUUAGUGUACUAUGGACAGUUAUAUUUAGUGGUAUUUUCUUUUUACAGCUUAUCAUGAGUGAUGGAUGCAGUAUGGUAUUGGAAGCCCUCCAGAAGACACAGACCAGUAAAGCUGCUUUUGGGCACAUGCAUAGAAAACAUUUUAAAGGUGUACUAUCUUAACUGAGGAUGGAUCAUAGAGCUCAAAACAUGUUUGGUUUCCUUAUAAUUUGGCAUAAAACUAACAUAAAACAGGAAAUAGCUUCUUUUUGACAUGAAAGUUGUUUUCAUUUUAAAUGUUGACAUAUUUUGAGUGAUGCAUUGAGAUAUGUUUUACAAUAUUUCAAUGUGGGGAAAA